UUUAAUUAAGCAAUAACAUGAUAACAUUAACAAUAGGGCCUAGGGACAUCCUCCUCUUGUCAAGAUAAAGAAGCACAGUUCUCCAUCAAAGAAGCGAGGCUGUCACACAGAGUAAGGCUCGAGAAGCAGUGAAAUAAUCACCAGUCAGAUGUUAAGAUAAACUCCAUCAAAUUCCCAGCUCCACGGAUCAUCUAUGAAUAGUCUCUCGAUACACUGGAUUGCACUUGCCGUGUGCAUAGCUCUCCUAGUGACUGCCAUACCGUCUGUAUACACGUUGGACAAUGGAGACUCCUCGUUAGAAGCAGCUGAAGUUCUGCCGAGUGUCUUCCUUGCUAUUCUGGCUAGAAAUUCAGCUCACAUGCUACCCAACUUUUUCGGUUAUCUGGAGAACUUGGACUAUCCUAAAGACAGGAUUUCAUUGUGGAUCAGAACAGACCAUAACAGUGACAACACCACGGCAAUACUUGCUGAGUGGGCAGAAAACGUUAAGCUCGUGUACAAAUCGGUGGACUUGAAGUCAUCAGACGAGUGGCUGUAUCCGAACCUUGACCCCUUCGAGGAGCAUGACGAGAGGUUUGUCCAUGUUGCCCAGUUGAGACAGGAAGGUCUGGAGGCGGCUAGGCGUUCAGGGGCAGACUACCUCUUUCGGCUAGACUGUGACAACUUUCUGGUGAACAACAGGACACUACGGAUUCUGAUGGAUCAGCAAAGGGCAAUAGUGGCUCCGAUGCUAAAGUCGGGCAAGGAUGCUGCUUACUCCAACUUCUGGUGUGGAAUAGACAGCCGGGGCUACUACAAACGUACCCCUGACUAUAUCCCUAUCCUCCAAGGGACGCAGGUGGGCUGUAUCCCAGUCCCUGUGGUUCACUCCGCCCUCCUCGUUGACCUGAGGUGGGCGGGGUCAGAGAGGCUCCAACACUGGCCGGCACUGGACGGGUUCACUGGACCCAUGGAUGAGGUCACACACUUGGCAUACUCGGCAAAAAUGGCAGAUCUGCCUAUGCACAUUCUGAACACCGAGGUGUUUGGGUUCAGAGGACUAUGAGAGCCUGGACUAUGAGAGCCUGGACCACGAAAACCUUGCUGUGUCAUGUGAUCAUCAUGCUGUCAUCUCUUAUCUACUACAAGUGGGAUUCCUAUCUCAAGAUGUGAUUGAGAAUCAAGCACCUAUAUAAUUAUAUAGCCUCGAUUCCAGGCCGCACCUUUAGACAAACAAUUCAAUCUAGUUUCAGGUUAUUAAUUUUGCACAUUUCCCAUUAUUGACCAAUUAACUUUCAAGUUUUACAUGAUCAGAAUGUAA